UUUUUUUUUUUUCCUUUCUAUUUUUGUUUCUCCGCUGCAGUAACCGUUCAAUAUGCACCAUGCUGCAUUUCCUCUAAUGAUCCCUGUCGACGACAGUGGAUUGGCAUUUCAAGGAUUCAUUACUGUCAAUGGCGAGGAUCACAUUAUAGAUGUUCGGUUACCUGAUCUCACCGAUCCUACCAGUCGAGGCACGCUGUAUACGAGUCCCAGAAUGCAGCAUAUUCUGCGCCAUCAUACUGAGCAAAUCCAGCGCAUGCUCGAUCAGUCGGACGAUCUGACCUUGUUUCUUACCGAGCUAAAGAAUAUUCUCGAGCAUGACGAGCGCAUAGUGGCGUCGUCCAUGACCGCCCAUUCUCUAUCUUCCAAUCACUACAGCAUUCUCGUUGCGGAACUGAAGCGCGUUGGAUAUCAUACUAUUCAAAGCAUGAGUGAUACCAUGGAUAAAAUUGACUUGGAGAUCCUCGAUGACAGAGAGCGUUCGCAUAUCGUACGACUGACCAUUCCGCACAAUUACCCUGUGACGCCUGCGACAGCUUCAGCGGAUCUUCCGGGAACAUUGGAUGCAGCUGCGACGUCAGGAACCAGUCUCACCACGAUUGUGGAAAACAUACAGUCGGUGAUUCAUGUUUACCAGGAUCUGUUUGAUUGUAUGGAUGAAUUGGAUACCAUGACCCGUAUUCUGGAUCCUGACCAUCCCACGCGAAAGGACAUGUGGCGCAGAAUCGCGUUGGGUCACCACUGUUCCCUUCACCUGGAAAUUGACCCACAGCAUCCGCGGCAGGUGCCGAAAGUUCGAUUCUUUGGUAAUGUGAAACGCGUGGCGUCACUGAAAGAAAAAUGGCAUUCAGCCUUGGAUCAAUGGGACUCUGAGGAACGUCCUUUUCAGAAUUUGUGUAAAGUACUCCAAUUACCGGGACAACAUCCUACUAGUCAAGACAGUCAAGGCGCAUCCGGUGAUACGGAAUGCGCUAUUUGUUAUGCUUACAAGCUCCAACACGGUGGACAAGCUGCGCAAACUCCGGAUGUGAUUUGUGCCAACGAGCAAUGCAACCGCGGCUUUCAUCCAUCCUGUCUAUACGAGUGGUUGCGGUCCAAUCCAAAUACAACACGAAGUUUCAAUAUUUUAUUUGGGAAAUGUCCUUAUUGUGGAGAGGUAAGUCAAAAAGAAAAAGAAAAAAAGGCAUGCGGAAAUACGAAUGACAUGGUUGAGAGGGGGUAUAUUGUCCAUCAAUAAUAUGUAUAUACAAGACUAAGAUGAGAAUACUGUUUACAACAGAAAAUCACC